AUGCAUGAUGUGUUCGUGGGCUGGAGUUGGUACAGUAGUAAGGCAAUUGAAGGGAUAAUCUUGUUGGUUUGGAUUCCGGAUUUAGUUCAUGUAGCUGUUGUUCAGGAGCUGGACCAACUGGUCACUUGUGAAGUUCAGAUAAAGGGUGUUAGUCAAAUAGUUAUUCUUUCAUUUGUGUAUGGCCGAAACUCAGUGGAAGAGAGGAAAAAUCUCUGGGCUCAGCUACAAGUUCCUCAGGUUAAUUCUAGGCCUUGGCUGGUUGUAGGGGAUUUUAAUGUAGUUUUUGAAUAUGAUGAUCGAAUUGGAGGAAGGCAGGUUUCUGCUAUGGAAGUUGAAGACAGUAGUCAAUGGAGGGCAAAAUCUCUGUUGAUUGAUUUAAGAUCUAGUGGUUCCUUUUUUACAUGGUCUAAUAAACAAAAAGAAGGUUCAAGAAUAUUCUCUAAGCUAGAUAGAGUUUUUGUCAAUGAAUUGUGGAUUGAUACCUUUCCUGACUCUGAAGCCCGGAUUAAUUGGGAUGCUAUAUCUGAUCAUUGUUUUUGUAUCAUCAAAACUGUUCAAUUCCAAACUUCAGGGGUUAGGCCUUUCUGGUACUAUAAUAUGUGGGAUAAACAUAAGGACUUUAGGAGUACUGUCUUGAAUAUCUGGUCUAAACCGGCAGGUGGUAUUGGAUUACAGAAGAUCAUUCAGAAACUUAGGAGACUGAAACCUGCCUUGCUUCAGUUCAACAAAGUGCAGAUUGGGGAUGUGGUUCAGAAAUAUGCAACAGCAAAGCAGAAUUAUGAAUUGGCUCAAUUUAUGUUGCAGCAGUCUCCUUCCUCGAGUUUAUUACAGCAGGAAGAGGAUGAGGCAGCAGCUGAGUUUGCUAGAAUGUCUAAGUUGUAUGAAAGUUUUCUGAGGCAAAAAAGUUUUCUGGGUAAGAGUAUUGCUCUAACAGGUCGGGUUUACUUGAGCUGUUUCCAACAAGAUAAUGUUUUGUCUUUAGAUCAUCAACUUGAUCUAAUUCAUCCCUUUACUAAAAAGGAUGUUAAGAGGGCUUUAUUCAGUAUUCCAGCUACCAAGAGUCCUGGCCCUGAUGGUUAUGGCUCUGGUUUUUUUAAAGCUCUCUGGAAGGAUAUUGGAGAUGAAAUAGAUGAUGCGAUUCUGAUGUUCUUUGAUAGUGGUGUGAUUCCGACUGAAUUGAAUGGAACAAUCUUAUCUCUUAUUCCUAAGGUUGUUUCCCCUUCGAAGGCCACAGAUUAUCGUCCUAUAGCCUGUUGUAACACCCUCUAUAAAUGUAUUUCCAAGAUGAUUUGUUUCCGAUUGGCAAAGGUUCUUCCUGUGAUAAUUCAUCAAAAUCAAGGAGCCUUUAUACAGAACAGACAACUUGCUCACAAUAUCUUAAUCCUUCAGGAUAUUCUGCAUGGUUACUCCAGGAAGAAUAUUUCUCCCCGUUGUGUUAUAAAAAUUGAUCUCAGCAAGGCAUAUGACUAUGUUGACUGGACGUUUAUGGAGGAUAUCUUGAAUGCUUUUUGUUUCCCUAGGAAAUUUAUUCAAUGGAUAAUGAAUUUCUUGACGGGAACGUCCUAUACUCUCUUGUUCAAUGGAAGAUUACAAGGAAGUUUUGAAGGGAGGAAAGGUUUAAGACAGGGAGACCCCAUCUCUCCGCUGCUGUUUGUUCUAGCAAUGGAAUAUCUAACUAGACUACUGAACCAAGCUUCUCAUCACAAAGAGUUUAGAUAUCAUCCUUGUUUCUGUCGCUGUUUUGGUUUAGAAGCUAAUUUGAGUAAAUCUCAAGUGUUCUUUGGGGGCGUGGCAGCUGAGGUCUGUCUACCGAAAAUCUUGGGAGGUCUGGGUUUCAAGGAAGGAUCUAUUUGGAAUAAAGUCCUAUUGGCUAAAUACCUUUGGGCUUUAUCUUUAAAACAAGAUGUCUUAUGGGUGAAAUGGAUUGAUGGGGUUUAUUUAAAAGGUACUUCUGUCUGGGCUUACCAUCUGAAAUCAGAUGUAAGUUGGUAUUGGCGCAAGGUGUAUUAUUUGCGAGAGAUAUUUUCUGUCAAUGCUUUGGAGAGUUCGGCUAUUCAUGGUAAGCUGAACUUGAAGUUGUUAUAUAAUAAUUUGCUUCAGAAGGAGCCGGUGGGGUAUGCUAAGGCAGUGUGGAGCAGUCUUUCUGUGCCUAGACAUCGUUUUGUUCUUUGGCAAUCUGUUCUUGGGCAUCUUCUGACUAGAGAUAAUCUGGUCCGGUGCCAAAUUGAGGUUAACUCAGUGACAUGUCCGUGGAUCAACUCCAUCUAUCUUAAAGGUGCUCCUUUCUGGUCGUAUGAUCUUAAACCAGACACUAGCUGGUACUGGCGCAAGCUCUGCUACUUGAGAUGUUGGUUCCCUAAAGCAGAUGUUGAAGCUGCUGGGUGUUUUGGAAAAUUCAAAGUUGCUGCUCUCUAUAACAGUUUAGUUCCUCAAUCUCAGCUUCUUACCAGGGACAAUUUGGUUCGUCUUCAUCUCGACUUGGUCACUUUGGAUUGCCCUGUCUGUGGUCUCAGCCCAAAAUCUCAUGAUCAUCUGUUCUACAGAUGCAGUUUAUCUUCUCAAAUUGUUGACUAG